CUUACUGACAAAAGUCCAGCUACUGUCUCUUAUACAACCUUGCCUAUACGUGACUCACAAGCAAUAAUCAUACCCCCUCUCGAAAACCAAACUAAACAUCCGUGUUCUUUUCGCAAACCCUCAAGCUCUUCUUUGUAAUCAAACCAAACCAUACACACACACACGCAUAUAUAUAUAGAGACUACUUUCUCAAGCAGGCUCCUGUCUGAGGAGCAUUCCAUAAUAAUAAGAGUUAAAUAAUAUCCUGAUGGAGAGUCAAGAUGGUACGAUAGCCUUGACAGGCCAAAUUGGGUUGAUCUGGAAACAAACCAAGGCGCCGCUGCUUGUGCCGUUCUUGAAAGUUAUGAUCGUUGUAUGUCUGGCAAUGUCGGUAAUGCUUUUCGUGGAAAGGGUGUAUAUGGGGAUAGUCAUAGUGUUUCUCAAGUUGUUAGGGAGAAAACCAGAGAAAAUGUACAAAUGGGAGGCAAUAAAGGAUGAUGUUGAGCUUGGUAAUUCUGCUUAUCCCAUGGUUCUCAUACAAAUCCCAAUGUACAAUGAAAAAGAGGUUUAUCAACUAUCCAUUGGAGCUGCAUGUGGACUUUCUUGGCCAGCUGAUCGUAUCAUAAUUCAAGUUCUCGAUGAUUCAACAGAUCGUGCCAUUAAGAGCAUGGUGGAACAAGAAUGCAAAAGGUGGGCAAGCAAAGGCAUAAAUAUAAAGUACGAGAUAAGGGACAACAGGAAUGGAUACAAAGCAGGUGCUUUGAAAGAAGGAAUGAAACAUAGCUACGUGAAACAAUGUGAUUAUGUCGCCAUUUUCGAUGCUGAUUUCCAGCCUGAACCGGACUUCUUAUACCGGACCAUCCCUUUCCUCAUCAACAAUCCUGAAAUCGCACUCGUUCAAGCACGUUGGAAAUUUGUCAACUCAGAUGAAUGCUUAAUGACAAGGAUGCAAGAGAUGUCAUUGGAUUACCAUUUCACAGUGGAGCAAGAAGUGGGGUCUUCAACCUAUGCUUUCUUUGGUUUCAAUGGGACGGCUGGUGUAUGGAGAAUUUCAGCAUUGAAUGAAGCUGGUGGAUGGAAAGACAGAACAACUGUGGAAGACAUGGAUUUGGCUGUCCGGGCUAGUCUUAAAGGCUGGAAAUUCGUUUAUGUUGGUAACCUCAAGGUGAAAAAUGAAUUGCCAAGUACAUUCAAAGCUUACAGGUAUCAACAGCAUAGAUGGUCCUGUGGCCCUGCUAACCUCUUCAAGAAAAUGGCAAUCGAAAUCAUAAGAAAUAGGAAAGUAUCUCUAUGGAAGAAGUUUUAUGUGAUAUACAGUUUCUUCUUUGUCCGAAAGAUAGUAGCUCACAUUGUCACAUUUGUUUUCUACUGUGUCGUUUUACCCACAACUGUUUUCGUUCCCGAAGUCCAAGUUCCUAAAUGGGGAGCAGUCUACAUUCCUUCUAUCAUCACCCUUCUCAAUGCUGUCGGAACUCCAAGAUCAUUGCAUUUGGUGAUGUUUUGGAUUCUUUUCGAGAAUGUAAUGUCACUACAUCGGACUAAGGCAACAUUCAUCGGUCUAUUGGAGGCCGGACGAGUGAACGAAUGGGUUGUUACGGAGAAAUUAGGAGAUGCUCUCAAGGCUAAAUCAGGGGCAAAAGCUUCCAAGAGAACUCAUAUCCGAAUGGGAGAAAGGCUCCAUCUGCUAGAGCUUGGGGUUGGGGCAUACCUAUUCUUCUGUGGCUGCUAUGAUAUGGGAUUUGGAAAGAAUCGGUAUUUCAUAUUCCUUUUCCUUCAAUCUAUCGCCUUCUUCAUCGCCGGUUUCGGUUACGUCGGAACCUUUGUUCCGACCUCCUAGCCCCAAAAUCAUCUCCGAUGUCUACAUUUCUUUCAUUGCUUUUUUGGUCUUCUGCUCAUUCCAUUGAAAUUGUUAUAGUUUUUAAUUAGAUUAUUACAGAGGGUGGUCAUUCUUUUAUACUGAGCACAGUCAAGUUGGAUUAGAAUUUUCUCUUGUACAAACAUGUUCAAGAAAAAUGGAAGAAAUUACAGAAAAUAGUAUUCAUUUUUCCAUAUUUGAGAU